AUGGCGAGCAACACGAAUCAUAUAGACACUCAUAUCCAGGUUCCUGUAGAAAGCAUGAUGGAAUGGGAGAACGAUGAUUCGAGGAUCCAGGUAGAGGACUUGCCAGACAAUUUGACACCCUUUAUUACUCGAACCACUUGGGAUUAUGUUGCCGGGGGUGUUCUGAUGCAGAUGGUAUUUCUGCCCUUGUUAGUCGCGGUCAAGGCCUUCAGGUUUUCAAAGAGGGAUGGAUUGGAGGUGAUCAACAGGAAAAUCAGCCGUGAAAUUGGCAUAUUGAAAAUGCUACGCCAUGACAAUAUUGUAUUGUUGUUGGGUAUAGCGACAGGAUUUGGACACAUACCAGAGCUGCACUGCUUAGUAUCUCCAUGGAUUCCAAACGGCACGUUGAAUACCUAUCUAGCAUCUAACCACAAUUUAACACACCUGGACCGUUCAUGUAUGCUGAAGGAUGUCGGUGCUGGACUGUGCUACUUAACCUUUGGUACAGUGCACUUGGUGCAUGUCAUGCACGGAGACAUAACAGGGGUAAAUCCGGAACUGUUGAGGCAUUCUUGA